AUGGCAGCUGCUGCUGGUUUGUUGGUAAUGAGCAUUAAUACCGAUGCUGCAGCAUCACCAAUCCUGCCGCCGCCGGCUGCCCAGCCUGACCGGCAGCAGCACAUAACCUUUUCCUUCAACAGAAGCAGCUUCCCGGCGGGCUUUGUGUUCGGAGCCGGUACGGCAGCCUACCAGUCUGAAGGAGGUGCCUUUAUGGACGGGAAAGGGCAGAGUAAUUGGGACAACUUCACCCGGGAGCACCCAGAGAAAAUAUGGGAUCGGAGUAAUGGAGAUGUAGCUGAUGAUUUCUACCAUCGAUAUGCGGAUGACAUCAAGCUAAUGAAAAAGAUGGGAUUGGACUCAUUCAGAUUCUCCAUCUCCUGGUCCAGGAUAUUGCCAAAGGGGAAACUGAGUGGCGGGGUGAAUCCAUUGGGAGUGAAAUUCUACAACCGGCUGAUCGACGACCUCCUGGCCAACGGUAUCAAGCCCUUCGUCACCUUGUUCCAUUGGGACCUCCCACAGGCGCUCGAUGAUCAGUACUCCGGUUUCCUCAGCUCCAACGUUGUGGACGACUUCCGUGACUACGCCGACCUGUGCUUCAAGCUAUUCGGCGACAGGGUGAAGAAAUGGUGCACCCUCAACGAGCCCUACUCCUACAGCGUCAACGGCUACAACGGAGGGAGCUUCGCGCCGGGCCACUGCUCGCGCUACAUGGGCAACUGCACGGUCGGCAACUCGGCCACCGAGCCCUACAUCGCGGCCCACAACUUGCUCCUCUCCCACGCGGCCGCGGUCCAGCUCUACAAGUCCAAGUACCAGUCGGCCCAAAAGGGGGAAAUCGGAAUCACGCUAGUCACCCACUGGUUCGUGCCCAAAUCUCCCAAAUCCGCGGCCGACUGGGAGGCCGCGGAGAGGGCGCUCGACUUCUUCUUCGGAUGGUAUGCCCAUCCUAUUACUUAUGGCGACUAUCCGACCAGCAUGAAGAGACUGGUCGGAAAAAGACUGCCCCGGUUUACCGAGGAGCAGUCUCGCAUGCUGCGAGGGUCGUUGGAUUUUAUGGGAGUCAAUUACUAUACUACCAAUUACGCUGCCCAUAAUCCGGUCCUUCAAGGGGUCAACGCCAGCUACUCUUCCGAUUCUCAAAUCAUAUUCACAAAUUCCAAGGCUGGGGUUCCUAUUGGUACACCGACAGGUCUGAAUUGGCUGUUCAUCUACCCUAAGGGAAUUUACUGGCUAGUGCGGUAUGUAAAAGAGAAGUACAAGAAUCCCCCAAUCUACAUCACUGAAAAUGGUCUGGCCGAUGCUACUAACGACACGUUGCCUCGGAGUGUGUUCAUCAAAGAUGGGAUGAGGAUCAAGUACCUCCAUCUACACCUGCAGAACCUUCUCCUAGCUAUCAAAGAGGGAGUGAACGUGAAAGGGUACUACGCGUGGUCUUUGUUCGACGACUUCGAGUGGGACGCGGGUUAUGAGGUGCGGUUCGGGAUGAUUUACAUUGAUUUCAACAACAAUCUCAAGAGGUACCUCAAGUACUCGGCUUAUUGGUACAAGAUGUUCCUCUUGCACUGA